GAUCACAGACUCAUUCUUUAAUUUGUGUCACAGACUAGUUAAUCCGAUUCUAACCUAAAAAUUGCCAUGGGAUUUAGGUAUUUUAAUUAUUUGUUUUGAAGUAAAACAUUAGCCAAGUUUUAUUUUACUUACCUUACCUCCUUGCAUUGAAUAAUUCAAUAUUAAGGCACGCUUUGAAGUGAGUGCAUUCCUAAAAAAUAACGAUUGAAAACUUCGAAUUGAAAACAUCAUGACUCCGAAGAAGAAACCCAUGAAAAAAAGUCAACUAAAGGCGGAACUUACAAAAGAACUGAAUUUCGUAAAAAACUUAUUCACAAUGUUUUCAUUACCAAUACAGAAAAAAGGAGAAGAUAAUCAAAUGGAUAUUGAAAUAACCAAUAAGACUAAACAAGAUGGUGAAAAAGAACUUCCAAAGAGGGCUCGUAGCAUCAUAGAACUUGAAGAAAAGUUAGGAAAAAUGAAGUCGCAGAAUAAUUUCAAUCUUAAAACCAAACUUGCUAAGAAGAGUUUGACCAGCAAGUUAAACAAGAAAAUAAAGAAGCGAGAAAGAGUGAAACUGAAUAAACAUAAAGUCCAAGCAACUAUUGAAUCUUCAGAAGACAAAGAAAUAAAGGUCAAACCUGCUGUAAAUACAGCCAAGCCAAUUUUCAACAAUGAAGGAAAACUAGUAUUUUCUAAGUUUGAUUUUGCUAAGCUUGGAGAACGAGACAGAGUAAGUAAAUCACAAAAAGAUCCCAAAAAGAUUCUUGACAAUCUCAAACAGCAGGAAGAAAAGUUACAAAAGUUAGCUGAAGUGGACAGUGAGAAAGCCAAUGAGUUAAAGGAGAAGGCUGCUUGGAAAAAUAUUCUUCAAAAAGCUGAAGGAGAAAAAGUCAAAGAUGAUCCAACUUUGUUAAAGAAAUCUAUUAAAAAAAUGGAACAUAAGAAAAAAGUAAGUCAAAAGAAAUGGGAAGGCAGAAUUCAGAAUGUGCAAAAGCAAAAGGAAGAUAGACAAAAUAAACGAAGAGAGAAUAUUUCUAAAAAGAAGAAGGAGAAAAAAGCCAAAGUUGUCAAAGCAGCUGUUAAAAGAGGACGAGUUGUUAUUUGAUUUCGGUAUACUAUAGUUAUAUAAUUUUCGGAAUAAAAGGAUGGUUAUU